UAGCCACCCGUGCGCACGUAACGUUCUGAUAAGUGAAACACACAAGUGACAAUAUGGUGAAGUUCGAAGGAGAUUUCAGUAUCAACUCUAUACUGAUGAACCACGAGAACAAGGCGCCACCGUCUCCGGCCGCCUCCUCGACUGGCGCAUCACCUUCUGAAGCAGAUCUCAGUGAUUCGGAACUGGAUGUUAACGGAACUGAACCCGUUGACUGCUCUAAACCAAAGGAUGAUGAGAAAAAAGACAAGAAACAUGAGAAGCCAGCCUACAGCUACAAUGCCUUAAUAAUGAUGGCUAUCCGCAACAGCCCCGAAAAGAGACUCACACUCAACGGAAUCUACGAAUACAUUAUGACCAACUUCCCGUACUACAGAGAGAACAGACAAGGCUGGCAGAACUCCAUCCGUCACAACCUGAGCCUGAACAAGUGUUUUGUGAAAGUGCCACGCCACUACGAUGACCCCGGAAAAGGCAACUACUGGAUGCUCGACGCGUCUGCCGAAGAUGUGUUCAUUGGCGGAACCACGGGCAAACUCCGUCGGCGAUCAGCACUCAACGGCCGCUCGCGUUUAGCUUGCUUCAAACGCCCACUCUUCCCGGGCGCUCCUAUGCCCGGCGCGUACCCUCCGGCUUCUUACUCACAAUUGGUCGGUCUCUACUCUCAACUGUUAUAUCAAAGAUAUGCCCCAAUGCAAAUGAAGACGCCUCCAGUAGCGCCAAGCGCUGUUCACCCAGCGUUCCGAGGCGCGGAAGCGAUGGGUUUUGGAGGUCUACCAUACUCGCCAUCCCUGUACGAGCGAUUACCGUCGGCACCUUUUCUGAGCCAAAACUCAUUACUGCAGAGCUCACAUCUCGCUCAAACAUCAGCGAUGAUGGCUCAGACGUCGCCUCUGCUGCCGCCGUCGCCUCCCCUCAUGGCUCACUCGCCGCCCACGUCGGGAGCGUCGAGCCCCGAGCUGCCGUCGCCGUCGCAUCACCCCCUCACGCCACACAUCUACAAGCCGGUGACCGUUCUCAGUCGACACUGACUUGCCAAUUUCCGUACGGCUGAGCAAAGCUUGACGUUCCUAUCUGUGAUCUAGUAUUAAUUAGUGUACCAAAUGGACCAGUGGAAAUGAGGUAAUUUCUACUAACAAGUGUUUCUAGCACUGAACAAUGUCCGCAAUAUUAGCAACAUUCGUUGUGACCUCACUUAGCAUUCCGCAGUAGCAAUUGUAAAAAAUGUAAAUAUUUGCAGAAAUGUAUAUUUAUUGAGAUAGGAUUAAAAUAAUGAUAAGAGAGAUAUAAUAAAUAAAUACAAUGAAAAUAUUAUUU